AUGCUGGACACUGGAACUCCGAUUACCACUGUCGACUGGAUGAUGCGGCAUUAUGUCAGCGACACUACUGCAGGGAAUCUCCGACGACUUCGAGAUGGAUGCAAAUGGGUUAACCGUUGCAUAUCCAAGCUGCAAGACCAAGACUGGGGGUUCAAGAGCUGGGAAACCUUCCUUUUAUUUCCCCGGUCUCUUGAGCAAUACGGAAGGUUUGCAUGGACGAAGAAUACCUAUGAAGCCUUCACGAAGGAUAUGGGGGCCCCGGAGCAGGCGCAACCAAUUGUUGAUAAUGGCUUCAUUCCAUACUGCAUUCCCUGUUUUAUCAAAAUAGUCGCAGGCUUGUGGAUAUUUGCAACAGUCUCGGAUAUAGCAUCCUAG